AUGAGCAAGGACGCGUCUGUGCGCAUCCCCAUGUACAUCUAUGGCCUCAUGUGCAUAACCUGUCUAACAGCGACAUCUGAUCAGGGCCUGUGUUUCUAUCGACUAGUAAAUUCAGCACGAUCUGGUGUCUCCGUGUGGAUUCGAGAAUGUGGAAUGGCUCCUGUGGAGUCCUGGCUACGUUCCCUCUUCGGCCACCUCCGUGGUUGGCGUGUAGGGGGUCUUGGGUAA